CAGUAUGUCGCAUUUCAAAUGAAAAACGAAAAGGUUUUAUUUUGGCUUUAAUCCUGUUAUUUUUUUUUGAAGCUUUCAUUUUGAAAUCGUCCGUGGUUUCCGGCUUUCUUCUGCUUUCCUCCUUCUCUUGACGUUUGAGUUUUGUGGCCUCAAACCGAGCGCUCAGGCAGGCAGCGUGUGCACAACAGAGCGGCGCGGGGCGUAUGCCGACGGCGACCACCCGGCAACCUGUUCACCUACUUCACACGGGUUUCACCACAAGGUUUCAUUAGUCUUUUCUUCCGCGGUGUGGACAUUUACCACCACCAACAUCGUCAUCAGGCAAGCUUGUCUGAGAAGUUUUGCUUUUCCGGGCGAUGUCUGGAUCAUACUGCAAAACUUUGUACCCGUUCAGUGGAGAGCAGCAUCAGCAGGGACUCAGUUUCGAUGCCGGGGAGAUGAUCAAGGUGGUGCAGUCUCUGCCUGGAGGCUGGUGGGAAGGAGAGAAAGAUGGAGCCCGUGGAUGGUUUCCUUCAAGUUAUGUCCAGGUGCUGGAGAGAAAAGCAUCGCUAAGUCAGCUUCCACUGGAGGACCUGAGAGACCCUCUGCCUCCUCACUGGAAAUGCUACAUGUCUCCACAAGGGCGGCGAUACUAUGUCAACACCACAAGCAAUGAGACCACAUGGGAAAGACCUUCCAGUGCUCCUGGGACUCCAAAAUCCUCCUUGCGACACAAGAGCUCCUUGCCUGCAGUGAACGGGUUUCACUCAGGUGGGAGUCCCUUGCAUCAUCUGGAAACUCCACACAACAACUCGGCCCGGAAAAGCACUACAGAGUCACAGAGCCCGGGACCAAUAUCGCCCACCAGGAAACAGAACAAGGAGACCACAGUGACGAUUAAUUGUGUGACUUUCCCUCUGCCUGCCUCCAUGUCAGAACAGCAGUUGCUUAAGCCAAACGAAUGGAGUUACUGUGACUACUUCUGGACUGAUAAGAAGGAUCCCCAGGCCAAUAGCUACAUCACCGGGUUUGAAGUUUUGUUACAGAAACAGCUGAAAGGGAAACAAAUGCAGAAAGAGAUGGCCGAAUUUGUACGAGAGAGAAUAAAAAUAGAGGAGGAAUACGCCAAGAAUCUCUCCAAGCUUUCCCAGAUUCCUCUAGCGAGCCAGGAAGAAGGGACGCUGGGGGAGGCUUGGGCCCAGUUGAAGAAGAGUCUGGCUGAUGAAGCGGAGGUUCACCUGAAAUUCUCCUCAAAACUCCAGAGUGAAGUGGAGAAACCUUUGCUGAGCUUCAGGGAGAACUUUAAGAAGGACAUGAAGAGGUUCGACCAUCAUAUUGCAGACUUGCGAAAGCAGCUCGUUGGUCGCUAUGCCUCGGUAGAAAAGACUCGUAAAGCUCUGGCCGACAGACAGAAGGAGUUAGAAUUGAAAACUCAGCAGCUGGAGAUCAAACUCAACAACAAGACUGAGGAAGACAUCAAGAAAGCCCGCAGGAAAUCCACUCAAGCAGGAGAUGAGCUCAUGCGCUGUGUGGACCUAUACAACCAGUCACAGUCCAAAUGGUUUGAGGAGAUGGUCACCACCAGUCUGGAGUUGGAGCGGUUGGAGUUGGAGCGAGUGGAGAUGAUCCGGCAGCACUUGUGUCAGUACACCACAUUACGACAUGAAACGGAUAUGUUCAAACAAAGCACGAUGGAGCCGGUGGACCAGCUGUUACAGUGCGUCGACCCCGCCAAAGACAGAGAGCUGUGGGUGCAGGAGAACAAGACCGGAGACAUCAGGCCUGUGGACAUAGAGAUAUAAACUGUACUGGACAGGUCUGCUCACCUUGCAGUCCCACCGACAUGUCUGCCUGACGGAGGGUGUUCAAUGGCGUGUUGGAUCACUAAUGCAGCAAUGAUCCUUUUAUGACCUUUAACAAAGAGUGGAGGUGUGUGUGUGUGUGUGUGUGUCAAGAACCUGCUGACGAUGAUGAAGUCAAUUUCGAGGUCAAACUAAGCCAACUUCGUCUUUCUUUCAUUCUGCAAGGAAAGCAAUUGUACACCUAAACGAUGCAAGACUUUGUCUAAAAGAUGAAGAAAGACCAUCAGUGAACAGUGUACAGAUGUUAAAUUGUUCUUUGUCAUGCUGCAGUUUAAAAGCUGCUGUUUUUAAUGUGCUUUUGCUCUGUGUGAUAGUUAUGGCUGACGUAAUAUCAUUGUACGCCACAUGCAAGUACUGACCCUCGCGCCUCUCUAUUGCAAUACGGUCCUGCAAGUAUUCUAUGUUGAUAGAGUAUGCGAUGAUGGAUACAACCAUUAACCAUAAAAUAUUUACAUUAUGUUUAAAAUGAUGUGUUUUUGAUUAGCGAUUUCAUUUGGACUGCCACCACAUUCAUUCAUUCAUUUUCCGUACCGCUUAUGCUGAAUAGGGUCAUGGGCGUGCUGUAGCCUAUCCCAGCUAUCUUCGGGCGAGAGGCAGGUUACACCCUGACCUGGUCGCCAGCCAAUCGCAGAUCACAUAAUAAACAAACAACUCACUCACAUUCACACCUAGGGCAAUUUAUAGAGUCUUCAAUUAACCGACCACGCAUGUUUUUGGGAUGUGGGAGGAAACCGGAGUACAUGGAGAAAAAAACCACGCAGGCACGGGGAGAACACGCAAACUCCACACAGGUGAGGCCAGAUUCUAACCCGGGUCCUCAGAACUGUGAGGCAGAUGUGCUAACCAGUCAUCCACCAUUCCCUGCCACCACAUAUUAGCUGAUUUUAAAAAGUGAUACUUAUUUAGAAAGAGGUUCAAAACAAAUACUUUAAUUUCUUGUAUGUAAUAUGCAUUUUUGUUUUUCAAAAUAAAUCAUCAAAAAGUCAAAAGAACGUAUUACUGCGUACAUUGGUGUAAGGAAAAAGAAAAAAAAUAUUAAAUUUUCUAUAAACAUAUAUGGAUUGAACAUAUAAUGGAAUUUGAGUAAUCCACGUCAGUCACUGAUCUGUAAAUUGAGGAAAGUGUGCAGUUAUUACCAGAUUAUUAUGAUAGUCUUAUUAAUGGAUUCUUUGCAUUUGUAAAUGUACUUGUUCAGUUUAAAAUAUUUUUUAAAGGCAAGUCCAAAUUAUAUAAAUAUUAUCAUUCCCAGACCAAAAACCAACUUGACACUCCAUAGAAUGGUUGUUCUGUAUUUGUGACGUUAAAAAAAAAACAGAUCAGUAUCCUGUUUUUACCCAUUGACUGAUGUGGUCAAUGGUGUCAGCAUGCAGCCAGAAUUGUUAAUGGUUGCAAUAGAUGUUGAAGCAAAUUAAUAAAUUUUUAAAAGUCCUGUAAUUAGCCAUGGAAAAUGGUUGGGCAGGAAAAUGUGAUUAGAAAAGUGUCGACUGCAGAAUAAAAAUCUGUGUUUCAAAACUCUUUGGAAUUUGGAAAGUCUGAAAAUUGCAAUUUUACAGCCAUUGUUGGUCAAAUUCAAGAAGAAAUUUAUUUCUAAUGGAUAUGCUUUUAUUAUGAUCAGGGACCAUGGUUACACCUGUGUGAUAAGCAAUACUCUAGAAGGCUGAAGGAUGUAAAAUAAAUAAAUAAAACAACAACCUAUACAAA